CCGCCUCACUGCUAGAAAGAGCUACUCCGACCUUGCUUUCGCCAAGAAAACCAAACUGUCGCGGGGCGACUCAACCGAUAGCGACCAGACUCUCCUCGAAGUCCGCCCGCAACCCAAGUCCCAGAAAUAUGCGGCUUUCGACGUCCUCCUCAUCGACUCCCCUCCGCUCUCGUCCAAAGAGUCAAUUCCGCCCCUCCCCCUUGAUUCCGCUCACAAGGCGGCCGUGAACGGACGAGUCGCAGAGCAACCCAAGGAGAAGCCGCUUCACAGGGCGGAGCCGAAACCCCAGGCCCAGGAAGCAUCGCUAGAGGAGACGAAGGUUCAAGGGAAGCCGCUCUCGACGCCCGAAGCGGAGCCGGAGCUCGAAGAUCCUGAGCCUGUUUACCCGUGGUACCGCCGGAGGCUUCACUCCCCAGACAGCACCUCAAAGUACACCGCGGCGCAGCCGUCGCUCUUCCCCCGCAGCGACUUCGCCCUGUCGACCUCAGGGUCGUCCCGCGGCACCCUAAACCUCUUCGGGGGGCUCGUCAACGACCGUGCGAAGAACGACGUGUACACCGUCUCCGUCAAGGACCAGUCUGUCACCCGCAUGUACACCAUCGGCGACAUUCCGCCCCCGCGGUUCGGCCAGGCGGGCGCGUGCGCGGGCAGUGUCGCCGUCGUUUGGGGCGGAGACACGACCUCGGCGUCGUCGAACCAGCUGCAGGCCAGGGCAAAGUACGACAACGGGCUGUACUUCCUCAACCUCGUGUCCCGAGAGUGGACCCGCAUCACCGUGAGCGGCGCCGCACCCAAGGGGCGCAUCGGCCACUCGGUCGUCAUGAUCGGCCCGAAGAUAUACGUCUUUGGCGGGGAGGCCGAUGGCAGGCUCUUCAACGACUUGUGGUGCUUUGAUCUGAGCACGCUGGUCUCGAAGCCCGCCUGGGAGCAGAUCGAGCUGCCCAAGGGUGCCGGAGAUAAGCCCGCGCCGCGCUCAGGGCACAUCUGCGUCGCGUACAAGGACCAGCUCAUCAUCUUCGGCGGGUCGGACCGCCGGUACCACUACAACGACACCUGGGCGUUCGACACGACGACGAAGGCGUGGUGCGAGCUGCCCUGCACGGGCUACAUCCCCGCGCCGCGCGAGGGCCACGCCGCGGCGCUUGUCGACGACAUCGUGUACAUCUUCGGGGGCCGCGGCGUGCGCGGCGCGGACAUCGGCGAGCUCGCCGCGUUCAAGAUCUCGAGCAAGCGCUGGUUCACGUUCCAGAACAUGGGCCCCGAGCCCGCGCCGCGCUCCGGGCACGGCAUGGCCGCCGUCGGCUCGAAGGUGUACGUCCUCGGGGGCGUGUGCGAGGGGGGCGCGGGGGAGGCGGACGUGCUGCAUGUUCUGGAGACGAGUACGUGUCGUGUCGGCUGUGUGGGCGGCGUGGCGUGGAUCUGGAUCAUGGCUGACUCUUCGUGUGCGCCUGGCCUCUGCAGAUAACAUCAGGUAUCCGUCGAGCAGGCUGUCGCCGCCCCGGGAGAGGAGGCUCGUCGCCUAGGAUCGUCUCUCGUCCUUUCUUCCCGAUACGGAUACGCCAGGCACAAGACCGGCCAUGACGGCUCUACUUUCUCACUUGGCCUCUCUUGACGUAUCCCCUUACUACGAUCGAGUCCCUGCACACGGCCAGUACCCUCCCCCCCAAUAUCCUUUUCGUUCGUUACAACUUCCACCAUAUAACCCGGCGGGGAGACCGGGACUUCCGCUUCCGACGUUGCUCUCUUUAGCCGUCUUGUAGUUAAGUUAUUGACUUCGUCUUUCGUUCUCGAACCCCACCCUCCUUUCUCAUUUCCACUGAUGACAAAUCCAGCGUGUACUUGUACGACUGCGAAUUUGGAUGAGAUAGACGCUCGUCAACUAGACUGUUAGCUUUGGCAGAUAUGUAUAGUAGUUCUGCGUGUGGUCGUAUCCGUGGUACUCGUGCUUAUUAGGUCUUGUCUCGCGUCGGCUCUGCUCUCACAUGUUCCUAAGGGGGCUGGAAACAGAAUACAUAUAA